AUGCCCAUCUGCAUCGAGUGCCGGCACCCGGUCAAGACGCUAUGGACCAAGUACUCAAAUGCCGAUGACAAGUCCAGCGGGCACAACAUCCGCUUGACCGUCUGCAGAAAUUGCGGUCACUUUUGCGACAAGUAUGUCGAGCACGAUUUCGUCGUGCUCUUCAUUGACCUGGUUCUGAUCAAACCCCAGGUCUACCGCCACUUGCUUCAUAACACACUCAUGAAGGACGAUGACCAGUUUGAUUCAUCCAUUGUGCGGCUCGGCGUUCUGCUACUGUUGUUCGACGUGUACUUGACAUGGGCUCGCAUCGAGAAGCAGACGGUCCCCAAGUCCUCCCAAUACGAGGGCGCCAAUUUGGGCAGUUUAACUCAACAGUCCAUCGUGUCGCAAUACCUCUUCUUCUGUAUGUUGGAUGGCAAAAGCAACUUCUUUCCCCCAAAACAAAGAACCAUAACAGUUCCUGGGCCUCCUCAAGCACAGGCUAACAUCGCGCCAGUGAUUCUCUGUGCUCUGUCGACCCUCGCCUUCCACAUGAGCAUCCGGUUCAUGACGUCGUCCCCUUUUUCCCCUCUGGGCAUGUUCAACGUCCUGCCUCGGUACUCGCGUCCCAACUCCGUCUCGACCGCACUACUCGUCUCGUCCUCGACCAAACUUUUCCCGAUUCUUAUGGUUAUAUGGCAAUAUGAUGUCCCGGCUGCGGCGCGCUCGCUAGGAUGGGCUGUGGUAGCAAACAACGUUGAGGCCCUCCGCAUUUUGCUUGACUGCGGCUACGGCGUCGCUACUCUGCUCGCCACGACGGGAGCACUAGCGCGCUGGGCCGUGGGACGCAGUGUUCUGUGGGCUGCCGGGAUGGACGGUAUCGAUUCCAUCGGCGAGACCAGCAUUGCUGCGGAUGGUAAGGCCCUCUGGGCUUUAUUGAUGUACGUCAGGGAAUGGGCAAGCGACUUGGCCGCUGGGUAA